CGGCAGGAGCGCGGGGCUCGGCACCAAACCUCACUCCGGCGAAGGGAGCGGGGGGCUGACGCCCAGGAGCCAGUGGGGCACGUCAGGAGGAGGUGCCGGGGGCCUGAGCUCCCGGUCUCCAUGGGAGACAGUGGGGGAAAAGAAGGGGUUAUCUUCUAGCAGCUCAUGGAGACGAGAAAGCGAGUUAAUGCCCAGCACCCACUGGGGCACCACAGCAGCAUCCGCGGGGCUUGGCAGGUUCAGUCACCAGACGCAGUUUGGGAGAGGAGAAGGGGACUUGGCUUCCAGCGUUCGGAAGGAGACAGAAAGGGAGCUGAAACCCAGCACCCUGGCAGGGGGGUUAACGCGUAGGUUCCCGUGGAGGACAGCAGGCGAUGCGGGGUUAGCCUCAGGGACCCGCUGGGGAACAGCGGCAGCAGGACAGGGAACAACCUCCCGGACUCAGCUGUGGCGGUCAGCCCCCAAGCCGCGGCUGGAAGGAAAGGGCAAGGGCCUUGAAUACUACCUCUCCCAGUUCCUCUGCCUUGCCAGCUUUGUGUUGCUGAUGAUUUUUUUGGGCAUCCUCAUGGUGAAGAUGAUUGGAUCAGGCUGGCUUGACAGGACAGAGGAGAGUUUUAAUCUCUUGCCUGUGGAUUGUGACCAAAGAACAGAUGAUUUCUGUCGAGCUCAACAGAAGGAGAUUAUAAUGAACGUGCUGCAUGAGUUGUAUAACUACUUGUCAGUACAAGCUGGUAAUUUUGAGUGUGGAAAUCCUGAGAAUCUAAAAAGCAAAUGCAUUUGGGUUAGUGAAGCAAGGGAUCACGUGGUGAAUGUAACUGCUAGUUCUCCACCAAAGUUUGAAGCUGCCCUGGAAUGGAUACUGAAGAGUAACAAGGAUUUAGGAAUAUGGUUGAAAGGCAGAGACCCUUCUGAACCAGUCACCAGAGUGGAGGAGGUGGUCUGUCUCGAAUCAGCCCAUCCUCAGAUGGGGCUUGGCUGCCGUUUCCGUCGGGCAGUGAUCACUGCCAUUAUGAACCUUUUCCUGUUUUUCUGGAGUCUGAUAACUCUUUGGGGGAUCCUGAUCUUCCUUAAGUAUCGCUGGCGGAAGAUGGCAGAAGAGGAACAAGCCAUGUAUGAAAUGGUGAAGAAGAUCAUAGCUGUUGUCCAGGACCACUAUAAGGAAUGGGAACGGAAUCUGGAGCGUUACCCCUACGUUGGCAUCCUCCACGUUCGAGACAGCCUCAUCCCUCCUCAGAGCAGAAAAAAAAUGAAGCGGGUCUGGGACAGAGCUGUGGAUUUUCUGGCUUCAAAUGAGUCACGGAUUCAGACAGAGUCGCACAGAGUAGCGGGAGAGGAUAUGCUAGUGUGGAGAUGGACUCAACCUUCUUACCUCUCAGACUCGGAACACUAAAGAGGAGCAAAAGCUGAGCUGUUGAUGUGGACCUCUGCAAAGGGACGCUCCCUCUUCGGAUGGUGGGAAAGAGCAGGUCAAGGUCCUAAUCCCCUCAGGCUGGGGAUUGCACGCAUCUCUGCUCUUCUUUCAGAAAAUCUUCACACAAAAAAUUCGGGGCAAUAAUCUUGGCUUGUAAGGAAGAUGGGCUUGAGCUGGUGGGAAGCUCAAACUGCACCAAAGUUAGACUUCCAGCAGAUGUCUGGCUUCCACAGGCAAGCAAACCUAGAACAACUAUCUAGACAGAAAAAAAAAAAAAGAAGCCUACCUAAUAGGGAGGGACUUGGGGUCUCUGUGACAAGAGUUAGCUGUUUAAAAUUUGACCUCAAUCCUGCAAAGGCCAACCGGUGGCAAUGUCCAUCAGGGAAUGUUUUUUAAAGAAAAGACUAACAUUUCCCAUGGAAACAUCUGGGUGGCAGUUAAGAUGCGUUUUGUUAGAGCUUGUUUUUAUCAGUACAGAGACUGUGCCAAAAGCACGUAACUAAUUCCUAACAAGGAAACUGUUUGCAUCUGCUUCACCCUUUAAAAUUGGAGCGGGGGAAAAAAAUUGGGGGAAGGUGGUCCUAGAGGAAGGGCAGUCUGAUGUGCCUUGAGUCGUUUGGGCUGGAUGGUAGGGAGGAGCGCUUGUGACCCUGAUUACGCUUUGUAAGUCUGCAAUCUCUGCGCUUUAUGUUAUGGGGGGGAGGGAGGGCAGAAUCUGGAAAGUGAAGGAUCUAGGAAGCUAUAGAAAGCUCUUUCUUAACAGCUGCGGCCAAAGGGACUGCUUCAUGGGUUAUUAAAGAGCAGCUUUGGAAAGGCUAUUAGGGAUGAAUGUACAUGUUUAUCCUGGGCAGCUGCAAUGUGUGUGCUGUGUGUCAAAGCAGAGAUACACUGCGUGGAGCGUUGGUACAGGGAUUGUUUGCCACGUUAAUUUUUCUGCAGCCUCACAAGAGGUACAAGGUUUGGUGAUCAAUCCUCUGUUCAUGCUUCAGGCAUCGUAUUUUGCGUCUAUAAUCAUUUGGUUACUUAAGUUUGUUUUUUAUGUCCAGCAAAGGAAUAUUUGUUUCAAAGAAAAUAGCACCAUUGUGUGACAGCUUAGGCUGAGCAGAGACACUGUUAAUCUGCUUUUCCCAAUGUCAUAAAACUGCUGUCCAGCUCACUACUAAGACAGCAGGGACCAAAUUCAUUUCUGGCAUAAGCUAGUAAAACCUGCAGAGAGAAGCCAGCAGUUAAUUUGAACCCAUGUAAUUAGUAGAUGAUGUUCUCCUUGGCAUCACGGGUGCGAUGUAAAUGGUUGCAUUCAUCUCUGAUGCUGGAUGUAUGGAGAGCUUCCUCUCCAGGUCCUGGUUCAGCCUGGGAGGGCUGCCAGAGCCCUGCUCGCCGGCUGGCAGGUUGAUGAUGCCGCGCACAAGGUGAGUUCCUUGUGCUGGGUCCCUGCUCUCCUCCCAGUUGUGGAGUCUGCACUUCUCCCCCCGCUGCUGGCUUUGGUGGGGUUUUCUGCCUAUGCACCCCGUAGGCUGCAGAGACUGCUCACAUACCUCCUGCUGGCUCAUCAGCCAAAACACGUGGGUAGAGCAGCUUUCUCCAAGAACAAAACACUAGGAGGUCUUGUACGUUAAGUGGGAGAUAUCCUGCAUGGAGUUGAUUUUUAUCCCCAUAUGUUCUUUUUGGUUGCCAAGGUAGGGUGUUUGAACAAAAAAGGAAACUCAACAGCUGUCUCUGAGACAAUAACCAGCUUCUUCCACUGUUUUUAAAAUAGGGGAUAAAAUGAAGGCAGCCUUGAUUCUUCUCAAGUCUUGUAACAAGAUCUUCAGUGCUGUUGUAAACAUUUUUGCAAACACCAGUGCCUACAUUUUUAGGCCUCUUUAAAAUGCUUGCGGGGUUUGGGUUGACUUUUUUUAACCGUCCAGAUCUAAGGUGAAAAGUGAAGUGUUGCAAUCACUUUGUAUUCAACUUGUUUUUGUAGACUAAAUUUCACUGGUUUGGUGCUAUUUAUUAUAUGCUCAAUUUAGCUCUGUACAUCAAUAUAUGGAAUAAAUUUAUUACAAAUGAUUGUUA